AUGCUGAGAUUGAAACUGCGGAAAUCAGUAACAAUGUCCAGUGGAUCGAUCAAUUACCCUCAAGGUUUUGUUGACUUUCUCAACGCAACUCCUACGCCUUAUCAUGCUGUUUUCAACAUGAAAGAGCAUCUUAAAUCGCAUGGCUUUAAGGAACUCAGUGAACGAGAAUCCUGGAAGGGGAAGGUCAAGCCCCAGGGCAAAUGGUUUGUAACCAGAAACAAUUCGUCGAUUAUCGCUUUUGUUGUUGGGGGGAAGUGGAAGCCCGGAAACCCGUUUGCCAUCACAGGUGGCCACACGGAUUCCCCUGUUUUGAAAAUCAAACCUAUCUCCAAGAGAACCAACGAGCAUUUCCAGCAGAUUGGAGUCGAGUGUUAUGGAGGUGGAAUCUGGCAUUCCUGGUUUGACGCUGAUCUUGCCAUCGCAGGCCGGGUUUUCGUUAAAGACAGCUCUAGUAAUGUCAGUGUCGCCAAAUUAGUAGACCUUAAGAAACCAUUGCUCAAGAUUCCAACGUUAGCGAUCCAUUUGGACCGCGACGUAAAUCAAAAAUUCGAGUUUAACAAAGAAACACAACUCUUGCCAAUCGCCGGUUUGGCCGGCGACAAGCCAAACUCUUGCGGUGCGGAAAACGCCAUGUCGGACUCUGAGUUUGCAUCAGUGAAAUCGAUGGUGGAACGGCACCAUGAAGAUUUGCUCCGUUUGGUUGCUAGAGAACUUUCGUUGAAACAUGUCUCUGACAUUGAGGAUUUUGAGUUAACGCUUUAUGACCACAAGCCUUCAUGUCUCGGUGGACUCAAGGAAGAAUUUGUUUUCUCGGGUCGCUUGGACAAUCUGACUACGUGCUUUACUUCAUUAAUAGGGUUUACAGAGGCAGCAAAUUUGGACAUUGAGAACGAAGAGGGUAUUCGAAUGAUGUCCUGCUUUGACCACGAGGAAGUCGGCUCAUCUUCUGCCCAAGGCGCGGAUUCUAACUUUCUUCCAAACAUCAUGGAACGACUUGUUUCGUUAGACUCCUCCCAAGCUGCUGAAUCUUUGUUGGAGUCGUAUGCGAAGUCGUUUUUCCUGUCGUCAGAUGUCGCUCACGGCAUCCACCCCAAUUACAGUGGUAAAUACGAGUCCAACCAUAAGCCGCUGCUAGGAAAGGGUCCUGUGAUAAAGAUCAAUGCCAAUCAGCGUUACAUGACCAAUUCCCCUGGGUUUUUGGUCAUAAAGAAACUUGCCGAUGCUGCACAAAUCCCCCUACAGUUGUUCGUGGUCGCUAAUAAUUCUCCUUGCGGAUCUACAAUUGGCCCAAUCUUGGCCUCCAAAACGGGUAUGAGAACCCUUGACAUCGGAAAUCCAGUUUUAAGUAUGCACUCAAUUAGAGAAACAGGUGCUGCUGCAGAUAUCGACUUACAAAUCAAAUUGUUCAAAGCCUUUUUCAGCAAUUAUAGUUCGGUCGAGACCCAAGUGGUCCUUUGA